AUGAGUGACGGAACCAGAAAAGCCGUGGUCAAGAAUGUCGACAUGUCGGAAGAGAUGCAGCAGGAUGCUAUUGAUGUGGCAACGCAUGCGUUUGAGAAGUUCAACAUUGAGAAGGACAUAGCGGCGUACAUUAAGAAGGAGUUUGACAAACGCCACAGCCCCACCUGGCACUGCGUUGUGGGGAGAAAUUUUGGCAGCUAUGUCACCCAUGAGACGAAGCACUUUAUCUACUUCUACGCCGGACAAGUGGCCAUUCUACUCUUUAAGUCGGGUUAG